AUGGAUCCCAUUAAGUAUCUGUUUGAGAAGCCUAUACUCACUAGGAGGGUUUCCAGAUGGCAGGUAUUGUUAUCAGAAUACGACAUCACCUAUCUUGCACAAAAGGCAAUCAUGGGUAGCGCUUUGGCCGAUUAUCUAGCAAAUGGACCGACUGAUAAAUAUCAUGCGGUAAAGGAUAAUUUCCCCGACAAAGAAGUUUUAGCUCUGGGAAAUGAGGAAGAAGGGAAAACUAUGGAAGAAUCCUGGACCAUGUUCUUCGACGAAGCCUCAAAACUGAUGGGAAAUGGGGUGGGCACCAUACUAAUGUCGUCCCAAGGAAAGCACAUCUUGGUAACGACAAUAUUAGACUUUGAUUGCACUAAUAACAUGGCUGAAUAUGAAGCCUGCAUAUUCAGUUUGCAUGUCGCCCUCGAUAAUGGCAUCACGAGAUUAGAAGUCUAUAACGACUCAAAUUUUGUAAUACAUUAG